AUGGCGUUCACUCGCCUCCUCCUUGUCCUCGUGGGCGCUGCAUUUCCGCUGCUCUUAUUAUUCUCCCCCUUGCCUGCAGUGGCGAGUGAAUUGGGCGUGAGCUACGGGACGGUGGCGAACGACCUGCCGGACCCGUCGUCGGUGGUGAAGCUGCUCGGAGACAACGGCAUCACCAUGGUGAGGAUAUACGACGCCAACUCCAACGUGCUUAGUUCGCUGGCCAACACCGGCAUCAAGGUGAUGGUGAUGGUGCCCAACGAGAACCUGGCGGACGCCGCCUCCAGCUCAGGCUACGCGCUCCAGUGGGUGAAGAGCAACGUGGCGGCAUACUACCCCGCCACGAAGAUACAUGGCGUGGCCGUGGGCAACGAGGUGUUCAACACCAAGCCCGACCAGAAUUUGAACCUCGUCCCGGCCAUGACCAACAUCCAGAAGGCGCUGGCGCAGCUGAACCUGGCCGACGCCAUCAAGGUGACCACGCCCAUCGCGUUCAACGCGGUGGCCGUGUCCUGGCCGCCGUCGUCGGGCGCGUUCAGCGACGACAUCGCGGAGCCGGUGAUGAAACCCAUGCUCCAGUUUCUGCAGCAGACGGGCUCCUACCUCUCCGUCAAUUACUACCCUUACCUGACUUACAUGGCCCAGCCAAACACUUUCAACCUCGACUACGUCUUGGGGAACCCCAACAACCCCGGCGUGGUAGACCCCAACACCCAGCUCAAGUACAGCAGCCUCCUGGACGCCCAGCGCGACGCCACGUACUACGCGAUGGACAAACUGCUCCUGGACGCCCAGCGUGACGCCACGUACUACGCGAUGGACAAGCAGGGGGCAUCCAAUUUGGACGUGUACCACACGGAGAACGGCGCGCCUUCAGGGGGGCAACUCAAUGGCGGCGGCGGUGGCGGCGGCCACAGGAGGCUUUUACAGGCCGGAGGAGUGGCCACCAUAGCUAACGCUCAAACCUACAUCAAUAACCUCAUGAACCGCGUGCUGUCCGGAAACACCGGCACGCCGUACCGCCCAAACGCUGACAUGAACGUGUACAUCUUCGCCCUGUUCAACGAGGACCAAAAGGGCACCGGGGCAGAUGACGUCGAGCAGCACUUCGGCCUCUUCUACCCCAACAUGCAGAAGGUGUACGAGUUCAACUUCCGCGGCACCGUCACCCCACCACCGACUCCAACAACACAGCAGAGCUGGUGCGUGGCGAACGCGGCCGUCGGGGACGCGCGGCUGCAGGCGGCGCUGGACUACGCGUGCGGCCACGGCGCCGACUGCAGCGCCAUCCAGUCCGGCGGGUCAUGCUUCCAGCCGGACACCAAGGUCGCGCAUGCCACGUAUGCGUUCAACAGCUACUACCAGCUCAACGGCCGGACCCCCAGCUCGUGUGAUUUCAGCGGCGCGGCCUCCAUCGUCUACCAGGCACCAGACAUGUGCAACCCAAAGCCGAGCUGGUGCGUGGCGAACGCUGCCGUCGGGGACGCGCGGCUGCAGGCGGCGCUGGACUACGCAUGCAGCAACGGCGCCGACUGUAGCGCCAUCCAGCCCGGCGCGCGGUGCUACCAGCCGGACACCAAGGUCGCGCACGCGUCGUACGCAUUCAACGACUACUACCAGCGCAAGAACCGGGCCAGUGGGACGUGUGACUUCUCUGGCGCCGCUUCCAUCGUCUACCACCAGCAACCAGCCGGCACCUGCGACGCGACGGCGAGCUGGUGCGUGGCGAACGCGGCGGUCGGGGACGCGCGGCUUCAGAAUGCCCUGGACUACGCCUGCGGCAACGGCGCCGACUGUAGCGCCAUCCAGCCCGGCGGGCAGUGCUUCCAACCCGACACCAAGGCCUCGCACGCCUCGUACGCGUUCAACAGCUACUACCAGCACAAGGGACGGGCAAGCGGGACCUGCGACUUCUCUGGUGCCGGCUCUGUUGUAUACCAGCAACCCAAGGUCGGAAACUGUGUGCUCCCAUCGAGCGGUUAA